AUGAUAGCUGGUGGAUCUAGCAUCACUUCGAUGUUUCAGGUUGUUAGGGCUGUUCUUGAAAACCCUUCAGACAAGACAAAGGUGCAUCUCAUCUAUGCUAAUGUCAUGGGGAAAGUUGGACCUGGUAGCCAUCCAUCUGCGAUUGAAACUGGGAUGAAGUUUUACAUAUCAAACCUUGAUUAUAGUGUCUCGAAUGACGAUAUUAAGGAGCUUUUUGCAGAAGCUGGUGACCUGAAAAAGUAUUCUAUACAUUAUGAUAGAAGUGGGAGAUCAAAGGGGAUGGCUAUGAUAUUGUAUUCAAGAAGGCAAGAUGCAUUAGCGGCUGUCAAAAGGUAUAACAAUGUCCAACUUGAUGGGAAGCCAAUGAAUAUAGAGAUUGUGGGAUUAAACAUUAUGGGGCCUGUUGCUGGUUUUUCAUUUCCAAACAACUCUUUUGGAAACAUGAAUGGUUUUCCAAGAAGGUGCAAUAUUUUAAAGUGUGUUCCCAAUAGUGCCCUUUGGCUUCUCAGGUUCCCAGCUGCUGGUGAAAUGAGACUUCGUGCCUAUGCUGUUGCACAGGGUGCGCAACCAGACCAUAGUAUUUUCACUGAUGUUGCUAUGAAAAACCAACACAUCAGACGCAGUUCUUUGGCAUAUCUUUGCCUUGAUACGUAA